AUGACUGUCGAUCCCCGGCAACUACCCCGGAGUGUGCGAUAUGGCGCCGUCUUGACAGUUAAUAUGUUUGUCUUCAUGGGCAACAUGUAUUCUGCCGGCCUGGCAACGGCGUUUAGCUCUCUGGCCGAAGACUUGGAGGUGAGCUAUGCCAAACUAUCCGGUCUUGUCACCUGGUCAGUCCUCUCGAUGGGACUGGCCAAUCUGUUCUGGAUGCCUUGUGCGCUGUGCUUUGGCAAACGGCCCGUUGUCUUGGUCUCGAUGGCCAUGUUCCUUGGGGGAACGAUCUGGAGUGCGGUGGCGCCAGGAUACAACAGCUUGCUUGCCUCGAGGGUGUUUGCCUCUGUUGGCUAUGGUUCGAUUGAGUCUCUAGGACCCAGUAUUCUAGCAGAUCUCUUCUAUGAACGUCACUACGCCAGCGCCAUGGCCGUCUUUGCCGCGUUUCUCUCCGCCGGAUCCCAGGUCGGCCCCAUGAUAGCGGGAUACCUCGUCACCGCGCGUGGCUGGCGGUGGUUCUUUUACCUCUGCAGCAUCCUCACAGGAGCGAAUCUCUUGACCACGAUAUUCUUCCUCCCGGAGACCCUGUACGAGCCUGACGUUGACGAGACCACCAUGCUACAAGAGGGAGAUGCCGAUCGCGAAAAGGAUACAUACGCCCACGUCGAGAGGACUCAGGCAUCGGCGAUGGCCUUAGAUGGCUCCGUCUCGCACUGGAAAAGUCUCUACACCGUCAGCUUGUCCAGGGCUGCCAAGGAAAAGGGCGUGUUCAGGCACUUUGCUACUCUCUUCGUCUUACCUCUUCCCCUGUUGAUCAUUCCUGGGGUUCUUCUUGCCUCCAUCAUGUAUGGAGUUGUAUUAGGGGGAACCGUCGCGAUUUCCACCCUUCUCGCCGACCUCCUCUCCCCCCCUCCCUACCUCUUCUCCGCCGCAGACAUCGGCCUCUUCACCUUCACCAGCUUCAUCGGCAUCCUGAUCGCCUGGCCCAUUGCCGGCCCGCUGACUGACCUGCUUUCCCGCAUGCUACGCUCCCGCAACAACGGCGUCCACAAGCCCGAACACCGCCUGCCCGCCCUCCUUGUGCCCUUUUUGAUCUGCCCCGCCGGUCUGGUCGUCUUCGGAUACACCAUGGCCCGCGAGGAGUCGUACCUCCGUCUCGCCGUGGGUGUCGCCAUGUCCACCGCCGCCCUGGCGCUCGUCCCCGCCGUCAUGCUCGCGUACGUGGUCGACGCAUACCCGGCCGUCAGCGGCGAAGCCCUCGUCCUCGUCAACGCGUCGAAGAAUAUCGUCGCCUUCGGGCUAGCCAAGGGCGCUGUCCCCUGGAUGGAAUCCCAUGGCGUGGGCCGCAUGUUCUACGAGAUGGCUGGCAUUGAGUGGGCGGUGCUUCUCCUUGCGUUGCCUUUGUAUUUUGCUGGACCGUCCAUUCGGUCACGGAUGAUGGGCAUGUUUGAUAAAUAG